AUCACAGGCCCUUCGGUGCCUGACCUGUGGAGUCAACAUGGUCAAGGGAUCUAGUUGCUGGGUCUGAUUGAAUGCCGGUCGCCGAUGUCGCUGUUCACUCCACUACAGCCAUAAAAGCGGAGCCACCCUCGCCAGUGAGGAGACUAUCUCAUCUUAUCAGAUCAUCAACCUAUUCUGUCAUCUGUACUUUCCAUCAUGCAUCUUCCGAAGCUUAUCGAUGCAUUAAAUACGCCUAGCCCUCUCGCAAAUCUUUCGAUUUCAUCGUCACACCGAGUCCUGGUUAUUGGAGCAGCAUACGGUGGCAUCUCUACCCUUCUUAACCUCUUUGAUCUAUCACAGGGUAAGGUUCGGGAGAGUGCUUAUCCACUUCCAGACUUCAAGGGCCAGAAGCCCGAGAAUGAAGUGGAGAUCACGGUCAUUGAUGAACGUGAUGGAUUUUUUCACUCAGUUGGAGCACCCUUAGCACAUGUCUCUAAAACAUACACAUCAGCAAUGUGGAAACGUUACUCUCAGCUCAACGAACUCCGACAUCCAAAUCUGCACUUCAAACAUGGUUCAGUGCAGAAAAUCGAUCCUGAAGUCAAGAUUGCGGAGUAUAUCGACCGAAGCGGACAGUCUCGGAGGCAGAGAUAUGACUACUUAAUCAUGGCAACUGGAUUGAAGAGACAUUGGCCAGCGGUACCAAAGAGCGGCAGCUAUGCCGAAUAUGUACGGGAUGCCCAAGUGCUCAUUGACAAGAUUACUGGGAAUGGCCGGGUGCAGGAAGAGAGAAAGGUAGUGAUCAUUGGCGCAGGGGCCGUUGGUGUGGAGUUCGCUGGAGAGAUCAAAGCCAACUACCCAUCCUUAUCAGUCACCUUAGUCCAUUCCCGCAGUGAAGUCUUGUCCUCCGAGCCCCUUCCCACCGAAGUCAAAGAACGCGUGAAGCUACUACUGGGGGAGGAGGGAGUUGAUCUUAAACUCGGAAACCGUGCUAGCGUCGCGGACCUUUCAGAUGGCAAAUUCCUGGUCACGCUUGCCAACGGCGAGAAUAUUAUCGCAGACGUCGUUCUUGAUGCUACCAAAAAAGGAUCCCCAACAACUAACUGUCUUCCAGCGGAGUGCCUAGAUGACGAGAAUGGGAUCAAAGUCAACUCGUACUUGCAAUUCUCGUCAUCUAUUCCGAAUGCGUUGUCACAUUUCGGUGUAGGCGACGUCAUCACUUGGUCUGGUAUCAAGCGGGCAGGUGGUGCGAUGGUAAUGGGGCAGGUCGCUGCCACAAACGUCUACGCCUCAAUCCUCAAUUCUGAAAACGUAACGUCUAAGCCUUUUCAGCUAGGGGAGCUACCCGAAUAUCCUGUCGUCAUCGGGAUUGCUGUCGGUAAGCAGUGCCUAACGUAUGAUAGCAAGCAGGGAGUCAAAUGGGGAGUACAACUGAUGAAGGACUAUUUCCAGGACGAUUUGGGAUGGGCAUACUCCCUGAAGUAUCUCGGGCUGACCGACGUGGAUGAGAAGGGUGAAGACGCAAGUAAGCAUACUACCGUCGAGAUCGCGGAAGCGAAAAGGGUUGGUCCCGAGCCUGUUCCAGCUGCUGCUGCGUGAC